AACUCUUAGAAUUGGGAGUUGGGUAUAACUCAACCUUUACAAAAUCGGUUUGUAAGAUGAUGAUUGUCUCUUACUUAUAAAUCUUUGUCUAGACCAACUCACAUCCGGAUGUGAGAGUUCUUAAUACACUCUCUCUCGUCCAACAUUAUUGGACUUGAUGCGUGAAAAUAAAGGGUAGAUGGUCCGAUAGCGAAAACCUGAUAGCAGGUGGUCCACAUAUCUUAAAGAGACUCUACUACCAUUUUAGAAUUGGAAGUUGAGUCUAACUGAUUAUAAACUCUUGUCUACAUCAACUUAAAUCCGAUAUAUGACUUCUUGACAAACACUUAUAUGACUUCUUGACAAAAACUUCAAUUCUCUACUUUUAAGCUCUUUGAAAACCAAAAAGAAAUAUCACUCACACACACAUGAUGCAUGAAAGCGAUUAUACGUACCGUGAGUACAUUGCCAACUAACCAAACUAAUUAACCGCGCGUUUUCACUUUCACGAACCAAACUUGUAACUAUCACAAAAGAAGAAAGAAAAGAAAAAAAACGUUUUCUAAUAAAUCUUGUAUGUCAAUGACUAUAUAUAUAGCCAAGCUUUGAUCAUUUUCUCCACAUCAAAUUCUUAUAAAAACACACCAAACUCCCAUUUCUAAGUUUCCUGGUUAUUAAUUAUUCAAGUUGUGUAAAAACAAAAAAACAAAGUUUUUAAUUCAAUAUGUGUAGCUCAAUGGUGUUGGUGAGGGUUACUUGCUUGGUAAUGAUGAUGUGCAUGAUUUUGGGUCUACCACAAACUCUUGUUGCUCUCACUUGUGGUCAAGUUAACACAAAAAUAGCACCGUGCAUUGCGUACGUGACGGGAAGUGGUAGUGAUGUCCCUAAACCGUGCUGCAACGGUAUUAGUGCCGUAAACAACGAAGCCAAGACUAAAUCCGAUCGUCAAGCCGCCUGUAAGUGUAUCCAAACCACCGUCAACGCGCUCAGUGGUGUGAAUGUAGACAAACUUGCCGGUCUCCCUAGCAAAUGUGGAGUUCACUUGCCUUUUAAGCCUCUUCCCUCCACUGAUUGCAACAAGAUUGCUUAAUUAUUGGAAGGGAGUAUUGCUAUUGUUUACCAAGUUCACAAAAUAAAGAAGUUGGCUACCCCAUGAAUGAGUGGAAUAUAUCCCUCAGCCGGUUAUAGACAGUUUACUUAUUGAGAUUUUCACAGAAUAUCUUAUGCAUAUCAGUUCAAAUUAAAUAAAUAAUGUUAUGAAAAAAAAUUGGUUAUAAGGGAAGAAUUAAUUCAUCUUGUGUGUCUUAAUGAUUAUUCGACGAAGAUUGGUUAUUUUUAAAUAGUGAUAAAAACUUCGUACAUGUAAUAUGGUAAUCCAAAA